AACUCUUAAGGGGGAUUCAAACUCAUCAAAAUGUUGUUUUCCUAUGCUAAAAACUUCCUUAAACGGUUUUGUGUUGAUGACUACCUACUGAAUGCAAAAACUGACAGUUGUUUCUUCUCUACCGAUCUACUCCCAUCUCUUGGAGUCCGAAUCAACCAAGCAACCAAACUACGAAAACGCAUAAUUUCACCAUUCAAUCCUCGUUAUAGGGCUUGGGAAAUGUUUCUGGUUAUCCUGGUUAUUUACUCGGCCUGGAUAUCGCCCUUUGAGUUCGCAUUCCUGACUUACAAGCAAGAUGCAUUGUCCAUUUUUGACAACAUUGUCAACACCUUCUUUGCCAUUGACAUCUUUCUCACAUUCUUCGUAGCAUACCUUGAUAGCGAAUCUUAUCUGCUUGUUGAUAAUCCCAAAGCAAUAGCCGUCAGGUAUAUAUCCACCUGGUUCAUUUUUGAUGUCUGCUCCACCGUGCCAUUUCAAUCCAUUAGCCUCCUUUUCACACAUCAUAGCGGCGGUCUUGGGUUUAAAGUUCUCAGCAUGCUCAGACUUUGGCGUCUCCGAAGAGUCAGCUCACUUUUUGCCAGAUUAGAGAAGGACAUUCGAUUCAGCUACUUCUGGACACGAUGCACAAAACUCGUCUCAGUAACAUUAUUUGCAGUGCAUUGUGCUGGAUGCUUUUACUAUAUGAUUGCAGCUAGAUAUCCGGAUCCCAAAGGAACUUGGAUAGGUUCAGUGUACCCAAAUUUCAAAGAACUAAGUCUCUGGGAUAGAUAUGUGACUGCAAUAUAUUGGUCUAUUGUGACACUAACUACAACUGGUUAUGGGGACUUCCAUGCCGAGAACCCACGAGAGAUGCUGUUUGAUAUCUUUUAUAUGCUAUUCAACUUGGGAUUGACUUCUUAUAUCAUAGGAAACAUGACGAAUCUUGUAGUUCACUGGACCAGCCGUACUAGGAACUUCAGGGAUACAGUUAGAGCAGCUUCAGAGUUUGCAAAAAGAAAUCAGUUACCCCCGCGUAUACAAGAUCAAAUGUUAGCCCACGUAUGCCUUAAGUUCAAAACAGAGGGCCUAAAACAAGAAGAAACCUUGAAUGGCCUCCCCAAAGCCAUCCGUUUAAGCAUUGCUCACUACUUAUUUUUCCCCAUCGUCCAAAGCGUGUACCUUUUCCAGGGCGUUUCAUAUGAUUUCAUCUUCCAAUUGGUUCCUGAAAUGGAAGCAGAAUACUUUCCUCCCAAGGAAGAUGUUAUACUGCAGAAUGAGACCCCAACAGAUCUGUACAUAUUAGUUUCUGGUGCAGUGGAUUUGAUAGCCAAAGUUGAUGGCCAUGAUCAGGUUCUUGGAAAGGCUGUCACAGGGGAAAUCUUUGGAGAAAUAGCUGUUUUGUGUGGAAGACCCCAGCCGUUCACUGUUAGAACCACUGAAGUUUCUCAACUACUACGACUCAACAGGACUGCAUUGAUGAAUAUGCUUCAAGCAAAUGCAGAAGAUAAACAUGUAACUUUGGACAAUCUUUUUCAGAAAUUCAAAGGUUCGGGAAGCUUAGGCUACACUGAGCAGCAAACUGAUGGUCUGGUACACAGUGACUGGCUUCAUGGAGGACCAAAAGGAGCAACUCAGAUGCAUGCUGGCCAUGAAAAUACUCUGCAUGCCAAUUUAGAGACAUUGAAUAUGGUGGAUUGCAAUAUUCGUAGUUCAGAAGCUAUGAAGGAGAAACAACUAGGAUAUUGUUGUGAUAGCAGUAAAUAUGGUGAGAAUAUGGAGUUAACGGAUGAUGAUGGCCAAACUGCACCCAUUAAAGCUGUUUGCGAGGGUCACCUUGAAAUGGUUAAAAUUUUGCUAGAAAGAGGGAUAUGUGUCAACAAACAAGAUGCAACAGCACUGACACCGAUUGCUCUAGCAGAACAAGAAGCAAACAAAAGAAUAUACGGCCUUUCCUCCAGUAACAAAAACAGAGAAAAACCAGAUGAGCACAAAAUGGAGCUUCUUGUACCUGAAAAGGCAAAAAUAACAGGGAUAGGUCCAUUUAAACCAACCAAAAUUAGGCCACCGAACUGUCCCAAACUUUUCCACAGAAAUCCAAUAGAUAUUAGCUCAAGUAAUAUUAAAUGUCUGAGUCAUAGUGAUAUUACAGAAUUCACCAGGAAGAGAGUCACCCUUUAUAUGAAGAUUCAACAACAUAACACAGGGCAGAAGCUGUUAGGGAAGCUAAUACUCCUACCAGAUUCAGUGGAAGAAGUGCUCAGGAUAGCAGGUGACAAAUUUGGAGGUCAGAACUUCACAAAAGUUCAAAAUGCAGAAGAUGCAGAAAUAGAAGACGUAAAUGUCAUCCGGGAUGGUGACCAUUUGUUUUUCAGCUCCUAGCAAUUGCAAAAGCAUAGAGCCUGAUGACCUAACAAUCAUGAAGCUGAAGUGUAAUGUAAAUAAAGAGGAUUUCCAAUCACAGCAACUGUAGCUUAACGUCAUCUUACAAAAUUGUUAACUAUGGGCCUGACUGUAUAUAAACUCUGGACAAGUCAUAUGAUCAUUACUUCUCAGUUACAGGAAAAAAUGGUCUACUUGAUUGUGUAAUUUGAUACACUGAGGUAUAAAAUCUUGCAAAAUUGAAAUU